GCCACGCCUUCGAUUACACACAAACAACAUCACUAAUUACGCCGACACCUACGCGAUGGUUAUGUACAGUUUAGUGGUCUAUGAUGUCUCCGCGGGUUAAAUUUACAGUCUUGAGAGAAUGUCGUGGGUAAAUGGUGAUCAGGCGCCUGCAGCCCUGACUGAGUGCGGAUAUACCCACCCCACAGAGGCACUGACAGAUAUCAAGAGUGUCACCGCAGCCUUUAAGGACCUGCAUCUGUACGUGGACGAUUACUGCUUCAGCGAUGGGAAGACAAAGAAGUUGCUUAAUUUGAGUGGCACCAUUCCCAUCUGGUACGAAGGUAACGUGUACGAUAUCCCAAUAUGCAUCUGGCUGCACAACACGCACCCUCAGAGUCCCCCGAAGUGCUUCCUGCGGCCUUCGGUCGCCAUGGUGAUCAACCCCAAGUGCAGCUACGUGGACACGAAGGGGCUUGUUCUCCUGCAGUGCCUCAACAACUGGCAGCACGGAUGGUCCAGCCUUUCUAUCGUCCUGGAGGAAAUGAGGGCAGCGUUUCAGAGGGAGACCCCCCUGUUUUCUACAGGCCUACACCGCACUCAGACUCCACCCCUGGCCCACCCGCAAUCCCCCCUCCUUUCAGGCAGCCACAAGCCUGUGAAGUUUCUCGAGCCUUACAGACAGCCUGUUGACAGCCUGCCGUACCGGAGCCCCUCCGCUCAGCAUGGGGUAGCCACCAGUUCCAUGGCCUCCUCGGUUUCCCAUCUGCAGGGAGCUGGUAGCAACACUCUGCCCAGCGUCACAAAGCACCAGCAGCCAGAUCCCAGCACGGCGCGGAGAGUGAGGAAGUCCUAUACGGAGGAGCUUCUGGAUUUGGGGAUCACCUUCGGAGCACCAAGCGGUCAUUCCUUCCCCUCCACCAACCCCUUCACCCAGACCCCCCUGGCUACAGUUCCAAAUUCUUCAAAAACGGUGGGCAUAGACGACCUCUUCACGAGCCUGCAGCUGGACAGAGUCUCCAACCUUAACAAACUCAACUCUAAUAACCGCGACCUUUUGCAGCGGAACGUUGCUUUCAGCUUCACAGAGAUGGAGAGAAUCCAAAACACUAACGGGCAGAGGGACAGUGGCCCCCGCGCCCUGGGAGGUGCGCUCAGCCAGGCGCAGGACAGCGCGGGGGGCGGGGGGGCCCUGGUGGAUGAGAGGCAGCUGAUCGAGGUGACCCGUCUCCCUCGGGACGUCCCCCGCAACGUGAUGAGGAACAAACUGACCCUGUACUUCCAGCGUCGGAGGAACGGGGGCGGGGACGUUCUGGACGUGCUCUAUCCCACCAGCCAACCAGACCAGGCCUGCGUCAUCUUCCACGACCCCCGAGACGCUGAGCGGAUACUCACUCAAGUGGACCACGUCAUCACUGUGAACCAGCAGGAGUUCCCCGUCCAGGUGAACAGGGUGGAUGCUCUCUCUCGGAUCCCUGUCCCGGAUGGAGUCUCGCGGGACAAGGUCCACGUGUUCCACAGCCUCCUGUCCCUGGAGGGCCGGAGCUUCUCCCCAGAGGAGGCGCUGGAGGCCGCGCAGUCCUGCCGGGACCUCGCCUCCGCCCUGAGGUACCUCUCCCACGAGUGCCCCAUCUGCCGGGAGCAGGUGUCCUUCAGCAAGAUCAUCACCAUGACACACUGCUCAUGUGCGUUCUGCGAGAGCUGCUUCAAGGCGUACUUCUCGUCCGUCAUUAAGGAGAAGAGCAUCGUGGGUGUGGUGUGUCCCCUGUGCCACAGGCCUGACGUACGAGAGCCUGGGAGCAUGGGGGAGGCCAUGGACUACUUCAACCUGCUGGACACGCAGAUCCGACACUACCUGGACCCCCAGACCCACGAGCUGUUCCAGAGCAAGCUGAGGGACCACGCCUUGCUGGAGAUGCCCAACUUCCGCUGGUGUGCCCAUUGCUCCUUUGGCCUUCUCCAUGAAGCAGACAGACUAAGGAUGGACUGUCCCAGCUGCAAAAAAAGCACCUGCUCCAAGUGCAAGAGUCGGUGGGUUUCCCAGCAUGAAGGCCUCUCCUGUGAAAUGUUCCAGAAGUGGCAGACCGAGAACAACCCAGAGUUCCAGAACUCACGCCUGGAGAACCUUCUCAGUAGGAAUAAGAUAGACUGUCCCAGGUGCAAGUUCCGGUUCUACCUCUCCAAGGGGGGCUGCCUGCACUUCAAGUGCACCCAGUGCCAGCAUGAGUUCUGUGGAGGGUGUGGGAGGACCUUCAGACUGGGCUCUGACUGCGGGUUCUCCGUCGACUGCGGGACAAAGGGGCUGCACGCCCAUCACCCCCGGGACUGUCUCUACCACCUGAGGGACUGGAGCGUGCCCAGACUGCUGCUGCUGCUCCAGCGCCACAGCGUGCCUAACCCAAUCCAGGCUGGAGGCCCAGGCAGUCCUGAGGGGAGAGACCCCAGAGGUCUGUGCGGCGUGCUGGAGCAAAGGGAGAUGGAAGCUCAGAGGGAGGAGGCCUGCGGCAAGCCAGCGCCUGCAGAGUACGGCGGCUACUGCGAGCGCCAUUACAAGGAGUCCCUGGUGGAGCUGAUAAACCAGAAGAGCCUGGACCCGGCAGUGCUGUUCAACAGAGCUGAGCUGGAGUCGGAGCUUAAGCGCUGGAAGAUUCGCAUCCCACACGCACAUCAAGGCGGGUCUGAGGUGGGGCACCUGCACAGGCUCAGAAAGGCCGUGAGGCAGAUCGGUCUGGUGGCACAGCGCGCCCUGGUGGAGAAGUCCGGCGCUGCGGCCUCUGCGUCCUGCCCCACUCUGGGGGACCAGUGGUCCACUGCGCCAAACAACCCGGUGCGGGGGCUGCCCCCGGAGUCCCAGCUCCUGCUGCUGCUCAACGACUGAGGGGGGCCCAGCAGCGAAACGCAGACAGGACCGGCCUGGGCCCCCCAACCUAAC